CACAUAUAAAGUUGGAAAACGUGUCCUAAAAGUUGUGAAAACAUGGAUUGUUGGGUGUAGCAGUCAUGAGAACCCAUCUCCAGUACUCAUCAGCAUCAUCAACCUGCCAUAUAUAGAUCAUCACUCUGCUUCCGAGCUCACCAAAACCACUCGUUUCAGCUCUCCAAAUUCUCGCCAAAAUCCUUCUCACUUUCUGUAUUCAAAUGCUAUACCAGCCCGCCAUGCCUGCUCCAAAAAUAGCUCUCUUCAUCGCUGCAACCACACUCCUGUUUCUCAACUCACACCAGGUUGAUGAACCAAUUCAAUUCACAUACUCUGGAGCAACAGGGCCUGACAAAUGGGGAAAUCUGAGCCCAAACUUCUCCAUGUGCGGAAAGGGAAAGUCGCAAUCACCAAUCAAUAUUUUGACAGGCAAAGUCGUUCUUAACAAGAAACUGAAGCCCUUGUUCAGAUCAUAUGAUCCUGCAAAUGUUACUCUUGUCAACAACAAGUUCAACGUUGGGGUACGUUAUCCUGAUCAUUCAGGCGGCCUGAUCAUAGAUGACAAGAUGUACACCUUGAAGCAAAUGCACUGGCAUGCUCCUUCCGAGCACAGAAUCAAUGGAUUCCGAUAUGCUGCAGAGCUCCAUCUGGUGCACAUUGCUGAUGAUGGCAAUGUUUCGGUAGUUGCCAUUCUGUUCAAAUAUGGCCACCCCGAUCCGCUUCUUGCCAAGAUACAGAAGAAGCUGAAUGAACUUGCAUAUGAGGUGAAGCAUCAUGACAACAGCCCGAUAAGCCUGGGGCCGUUCCACCCCACAGAAGUGAGGAAAAGAGUCCACAAGUAUUACAGAUAUGUUGGCUCUUUUACUACACCUCCUUGCACACAAAAUGUCAUCUGGAACAUUCUUGUCAAGGUGAGGUCAAUAUCCAGGGAACAAGUAGAGGCCCUCAGGGCUCCCCUGGACUUGAGAUGCAAGAUCAACGCCAGGCCUUGUCAGCCAAUGAAUGGACGGCAUGUGGAGCUGUACGAUGCGGACGCUGUUGUUCGUGGUGAUCAGUACCCCAACAAUUAGUACACAUUCUCAAAAUUGUUCAAAACUCUUCUAUUGAUUUUUGUUUCUAAAGAAGAAAUAAAAGGCUUAAGGCAACUGGAUGGUUCUUCCGAUUGAA